AAUUCUGAAAAUAACACACAAGACACUUCUUAUCAUUCUCGUGUAGCUGGUGAUAGCGUGCGCUGUGCGUGCGAUAGUGAAAAUGCUGCGGCGGCUUGUUGGGUCCGGCGGAGUGUUGAAAUUAAUCGCCGCACGUCGGUCACAAGCACAACAUGGCGGCUAAAUGGUGGCCAAGCACGCUUUUUGUGCUAUUGGCUGUUUUCAAUAACAAACAUGUAUCGUCCGACGGUCUACCGCCAACAUGCGACAGCGAAGUUUAUUGUUACGGCGAUUUAUUGCACGUGGUGCAAACCGCGGGAAUCUUCCCCGAUUCGAAGACCUUUGUGGAUAUGAGCAUGCUUCGGGAACCCCGGCACAUCCUCGACGACUUCGAACAUCUGUUGGCCGAAAAUAACGGCAACUUGACGAAGCAACAAGUACAGACAUUCGUCGACGCCAACUUUAAAAGUGAUCUUGAGUUGGAAGACUGGGUACCACCAGAUUUUACCCCUUUUCCCUCGUUCCUCAAGGAUGUCACCGAUGAGGAUAUGCGCACGUUUGCUUGGAACGUAAUCGCCAUCUGGCCGAAACUCACUCGACGGAUCAAACAAACCGUAUCGGAGCACCCUUCGCGCCAUUCAAUCAUUUAUCUCCCGAAUGGAAUAGUCGUACCUGGUGGCAGGUUCAGAGAGUCUUACUAUUGGGACACAUACUGGAUCAUCAAGGGUUUGCUGGCGAGUGAGAUGCAUACAACUGCCAGGGGUCUCUUGGACAAUUUCGUGCAUUUGAUUAAGACUUACGGUUUCAUUCCGAAUGGCGGCCGGGUUUACUUUACCCGCAGGUCGCAACCGCCUCUUUUCACUUCAAUGUCAAUGGAAUAUUUCAAAUACACCGGGAACAUAACAUGGGUACGUCGUAAUAUUGAGUUUAUGGAGAAAGAAGUACUCUCUUGGCAGAGUCAAAUGAUUAAAGUAGGCAAGCAUAUGUUGGCUAGGUACCUUCCGAAGAGUACAGGCCCACGGGCGGAGUCCUACAAAGAGGACUACACUUUGGCGAUGAGAUUUCCCGAACGUGAACGUGAUAGGGUCUACGUAGAUUUGAAAGCGUGCGCGGAGAGCGGGUGGGACUUUUCUUCUCGUUGGUUUUACGGUGGUGCCGGUGGAAAUUUAUCGCAAUUACAUACGGGUCGUACUCUCCCGGUUGAUUUGAACGCGUAUUUGGGCAAGUGUUAUCAUGACCUGGCGCAUUUCUACAGUGUAUUAGGUAAUCCCAUCAAGCAGAACUACUGGAAUGUCGAAUACGACAAAAUGAAGUAUGCUAUUUACGAUGUCUUCUGGAACGAGACAGAUGGCACAUGGUACGACUUUGAUUUGAAACAGAAUGUGCACCGGCGUCAGUUCUUUCCUUCCAAUCUGGCUCCUUUAUGGGCCGGAAUCCAUCAUGACGGCAGUGUACAUGACUUUGUCUACGAUUACCUUCAAAGAAGUGGCAUUUUUGAUUAUCUAGGAGGUACACCUGCUUCUACGCAGCAAACCGGUGAACAGUGGGACUAUCCGAAUGCAUGGGCGCCACUGCAGGAUAUCAUCAUCACCGCACUCCGCCGCGGUAAUCAGAAAUCGCGAGAAAUGGCCGCCAGACUGGCACGUCUCUGGGUGACAGCGAACGCCAUCGGGUUCAAGAAUUCCGGCGAGCUCUUCGAGAAGUACGAUGCGCUGGUACCGGGGAGGUAUGGUGGCGGUGGAGAAUACAUUGUACAAGCGGGUUUCGGCUGGACCAACGGGCUUGCCUUAGAUCUUAUUACGAAAUAUUUUACAAGAACAAACUAGAUGGUUUUAAUACAAAUACAUUCUGUAGUACA